ACUAAUCAUGUUGCUGCACAGAUUUAAUAUCGCUAAACCUGUCACGCAAAGCACUCUAUAACACAUGGCAGACAUUCUGAUGUUCAAAGUGCGUUAAAACAUUUUAUAUACAGACAGUCGUUUUUCAUUACGCUAUUGUGAAGCGUUCGUCCUCUUCUUUAAAGAUUGUCCUUUAGCGCUUCCCGUACCUGCGGGGGACUGUAAUCGCCAUGUUUAGUAACGGCAGCACUUGCAGUUCUGUAUUAUAAAAAUAUACUUUGAAAUGUGGCGGAGGCGUGACUCAAGCACGCAAGAGUUAUGUAGUGCAUGGAAAUAAUUGUUUUUGGCAGCAUGCAGAGGGAUGUAGGCAGUUUUCCCUUGGCACCCGCCUUGAGGGUAAAAUUGAUCGCUACAGGCUUCCGUACAGUGGAGACUAUCCUUGAGUUCAAUGCUGUGGAGUUAAGCAAAGAAGCUGGUAUCUCUAAUGAGGAGGCUUUGGAAGUUCUACAAAUUGUAAAAGGAGAAGCACAAAGCAGCUCAUCAUGUCAGAUAAUCCAAAAGCACACAGCAUUCGAUCUGCUUGGGCAGGAACAAUCUCAGGGAUUUGUUAUAACAUUCUGUUCAGCUCUGGAUGAAAUCUUAGGUGGAGGAAUCCCAGUAGCCAAGAUUACAGAGAUCUGUGGUGUACCUGGUGUGGGGAAGACACAAUUAUGUAUGCAACUAGCAGUGGAUGUUCAGAUCCCAGAAUGUUUUGGAGGUGUUGCUGGUGAAACUGUUUUUAUUGAUACAGAAUGCAGCUUCCGAUUAGAGAGGCUAAUGGAUAUCGCUAAUGCUUGUGUUCAACACUGCAAUCUUAUUGCGCAGGGUCACCAAGAUAAGGAUCAUAUUAAGGCUAUGCAGACCUUUACUCUCAAUGAAAUUCUAUCACAGAUUUAUUACUUCAGUUGCCACGAUUAUAUUGAGCUUCUAGCACAAAUAAACUUACUUCCAGACUUUCUUUCCAGUCAUCCAAAGGUAGUAUUAACAAACCAGAUGACUACGAAGAUUGGGCCCAGUGAUUCAAAGUUGGUACCUGCUUUAGGAGAAAGCUGGGGACAUGCAUCUACCAUUCGUUUAGUACUCCAUUGGAAAAGCAAACAAAGGUUUGUAACACUGUGUAAAUCUCCAAGUCAGAAAAAGGCUACUGUACCAUAUGGAAUCACGUCUCAAGGUUUUCGAGAUGCUGAAAUUGCAGAACCUGAAGCGAAUGCACUUAUACCUGCAUCUAACCCACGCAAGCGUCCUCGAGUUGAUGAUGAGGUUUAACCAUAUUGCAUUUUGUGUCUCAAGAGCACCACCAUUAUAUCAUUAUGGAUGUAAAUAUUUGAGAAAUAUUUUUGAAAAAUAAAAUGUAUUUUUACAAUUUGGCUGACA